AUGUUCCAUUUGGCGAUCUUGGGGAAAGCAGAUGUUCCCUUUGGCGAUCUUGGGGACUCGAUUAGCCAGGGCCAGCGGCAAGGUUUUGCGGUGAAUCCGGACAGCUUGACGCAGGUCCAGCUGAACGUUGUUCCAAUCCCGCCCAGCUCGACACUGCAGAAGCACGGCGUGGAGGUUGUGAACAUCGCCGAUUUCCUAAAGGAAAACGGCGUUAGCCCAGGAAGCGCCUCGGUGGCCGACCAUGAGACCCGCAUGGCGGUAGGUAAAGCCAUGCUCAGUUUCCUCGAGCAAAGGUUUAGCAGAGAAAUCAUUCACCUCGCCGACACAUCGCGCGUCUCUGGUGGAGCCGUCUACGGCGAAGCCACCGUGCGCCACACGGGGAGCUCGACCUUGCGUAAUGCGCACCAUGUGGUUCACGUGGACAAGCUGUGGAGAGGUAUCGCCCGUCUUACGGAGACCUCUACGAUGGAGGAAGCUAUCAGGGCGACUGUCCAUGCACACUGGCCGUUCUCCCAGCAAGACUUCAUGGAAAGGGGUUACGGCUUUGAGGACUACGUGAGGAUUGUGCAUGCGCAAGAUCCAGGUGUCGUGAACCUGUGGGUCUCUUUGACUCCAGGAGUCCUCAAGCAACAUCCCUGUGUCUUUCUGCUAAAUGGCGAGAACGGUCAGAAUGCUUUCUCGUCAAACGAUGAUGUAAGCAUGGUAUCCACAAUGCACACCCACAUCAAGAACUUCAACGAUACGAUUUCUGUGCUGCGCUCGGGCGUGGCAGACUCUGCGGAUGCCGUGUGGGGCAUGGCACCGAACAUGAGCUUCGGAGAGGCUCUGUUGUGGUACUCAGAUCGAACUCCUCAUGGCGCAGUGUGGCUAAACGACGAACCCGACGUUGACCGCAUCUCGGCAGAGAUGCGCGUGCUCGUCACGGAUCGGCCAGCUGCUGGAGGCGUCGACUCUACUCACUCUACUCCAGGGCAUGAGACGACACGAGCCAGGGAGAACGUGGCUUUCCUAUGA